AUGAUUCAUGGUCCAUGUGGUACUGACCACCGCACCGACUUCCUGUGCUGGGACUCUGCAAAGGGGCACUGCAACAAGUUCUACCCCAAGCCUGCCUGCCAAACCACCCACGUGGACGAGAGGGGGUUCGUCCAAUACAAACGAGACUACACAAACGAAGGCUUUAUCACAUCACGGAGGAGACAGAUCAAAGUGCAUGAUGGCUGGGUCGUUCCGUACAAUUCCGCAUUACUGCUCAAAUACGAGGCGCACAUAAACUUGGAGCUUGCUUCUACUCGUCGCGUAAUCAAGUACCUCUUUAAGUACCUCAUGAAAGGCGGUUCUCUCCAGAACGUAACCGUCACUCCCCUGGGGAAACAAGAGGAUGAGGUCGAGCAUUACGUGACGAAGAGAAUGGUGGGUGCCAGCGACGCAUGCUGGCGUCUUCUCGACUUUCCUGUGUCAAAGCUCGAGCCCACCGUUGAGUGUCUUCCCGUGCAUUUAGAGGGCAAACAAAGUGUUGUCUUUCGGCCGAGACAGCUCUCUGAUGCAGUCACUCAAGCAAGCUCCAAGCUUAUGGUCUACUUCAAUCGCCCGCACCAUGAAACUUUUGACAAUGUCACGUACCAGACAUUUUACGAGAAGUUCAUGGUGCACACUAAGCGCCCACGUACUGCGGAAUUGUACGAACACCCCGAUGGGCAUCACUUUGUAACGACUCGCCAGCGUGGUGAGAAGGUAUGUAGGUUGAUGUGGGUCUCUCCCAACCGAGGAGAACAAUACUACCUUCGUAUUCUACUUAUGUCUACACCUUGCCAUGGUUACGUUGAUCUUCUGGCUCGUGGCGGUCCUGGUUGCCGGACGUUUCAGGACGUAGCCCGCAAUCUCGGCCUGGUGGAAGACGAAGAAGAAUACAAUCACGCGCUGCGCGAGGCAUCUACGUUUAUGACUGGACCUAGGCUCCGUUCCUUCUUCGUGAUCCUCUGCAACAUGGGAGCUCCCGCUGCUCUUCUGUGGGAGUCUUUCAAGAACCACCUUAGCGAGGAUCACUUAGAAAGGAACCCUCUCGACCCUGAACUGGCGGUGAAACUUACCUUGAUAGACAUCGAUCGGAGCCUCCGCCAGCAGGGAUCGUGCUUGAAAGAUCAUGGACUCCCCUACGUCGAGGAUGACACGACUGAGUUAGGUAGAGAGCUACUCAACUACGGCGAGAACCUCCAGCGAACCAUCGUUGAGGACUGGGUGCCCAAACUCUCCCCAGACCAGCGCCGUGUGUUUGAGUACGUUCGCUCUCUGCUUCUCAACCCCCGUGACCGACGCACUUCUAGAAUCAUAUUUCUGGACGGUCCCGGGGGUUAUGGGAAGACCUCUCUGAUUCGUGUCAUCCUUGCGUAUGUCCGUGGUUGUCGACAGGUUGCACUCGCCGUGGCUAGCUCAGGGAUUGCUGCAAGGAACAUGGCUGGAGGAACAACAGCACAUAGCAUGUUCCGACUCCCUCUAGACCUAGGUCACGGCACAGUAUCCCUUGGUCUCAAGCAGGAUCGAUCCUCUACUACCGACCCUGGCAGGCCUUGGCCUCUGGGAGAGGUGGACUCGGAUUUUGGCAGCGAUCGGCCUGUGGUAGUUCCUGAUCUCUCGAAGCGUUCGCUCUCUGGCAGGUUUUGGUGUCAGGGAGCUCUCAGCUUCUAG